AGAUUUAGGGCAAAUCAAUUCCUCUUCGUUUCCGCUUUGUUUUGCACACAGCUUGACGGCGAUCAGCAAACCACAAAUAGGCCACCAACGCAAUCUGGUAUCAAUUCCUCUUCGUUUCCGGCGAUCAGCAACCACUAAUAGGCCACCAACGCAAUCUGGUUUAUUUUAUUGCUGAAAAAACAAGGAGAAGACCUGAUUUAAUACCAUUGUUAGAGGAGAGAAAUUUGAUCAGAUGCCUAUCUCUUCAACUUCACUGCCCUUAGGGUUUCGAUUCAAACCCACGAACGAAGAACUUAUUGAUUACUUGUGGAGUUUCGUUCAUGGAUUCCAACAGCCGUCCAAUGCUGUAGUAGAGAAGAAAGUUCAAGAACUUGAACCAUGCUUUCUUAUUGAUGAUACCAAGUGUUCAGAGUAUUCGGAAGGAUAUUAUUAUGUUAAAAGAGAGAAGAAAUCUGCAAAAGAAAAUGGGAAGAGGCCGUCAAGGAAGCUUAGAGGAGGAUGGUGGAAGGCCACCCAAGGGGACAAGCUAAUUCCAGGGAAACGCAAGGGUUAUAUGAAGAGUCUUAAAUUUCACAGCUACAAAGAUAGUAAUCCAAUUUGUAAUAAAUGCUCGAAGAGUGAUUGGAUUAUGCAUGAAUUUAGACUUGACUCUGAUAAAUUUCAAGAGUGGGUUCUUUGUCGGAUCAAGAGAAAACAGAACAAAGGAGCAAAGAUGGAGAUUCUUACAAGCAAUACUCAACAUUCGUGCACAAAUUCUAUGGGUCUGUCACAUGCACUGCCCGAGCAAGAACUGCCGUGUGUUCUAGAUCAAAUCUCAAGCUGAGUCAAGUUACAAGCAGCAGGUACAACUGAAGAUGCAAGAGCGUCAAGAUCUGUUCUAAAUUCUGUAUAGUCUAAGAUGACAUUUUUGUUUUAUGGAAAAUUUCAUGCCAUUAUUUUCCAAACAAUGCGUUAGGUUUCUCGAAGUCGCAAAUCAUUAGCUGAAUUUAAUGUGCCUAAUUGUUGCAUUGUUCAUUUUACUUUGACAAUAUUGAAGAGUACAGAAUGAAUUUCAUCACAACAAUUUGUUGAAUUUCAAGUUCAGUUGUAUGAGAUUGUUUUGCAAUUUGAAUGAUUAAUGGAAGAAAUUUUCCUCA